UUGCCUGGUCAAGUUGCUGCAGGCAGUCUAGCUAAGGUACCGCAGAGGUACCUAAUAUGGUUAGGCAGCUUCUUUCAAUAACUUGAACUUUCAUUAUUCUUACAAGCUUGCUGGCACUGCAUUUCUUUUACAUUUCAGUCACGUGCUUUGGCGCCGCCACUUUAAUGAUUUCGCCCCUUCUCGCGUCAAAGCGUGUUAAAUCCAACGAAGUCCCAUCCUUCGAUCACCCCUUUCAAAAUUUGGCCAAUCUUGUAAUCCUAUUGAUCUCUGGGACUCUUGCCACAACGCUGCCGACACUUCUGAUGGUGAUCCUCCAACAUGUCGCGACAGAAUCGGCCGCCGCGGCGUAUAGUAGGCCCGCAAUCGGCUCUGACGGACUUUCUAGCGUCUCACAAUAUCUCUGCUCAUCAAAUCCGCCUGGAUGCCGAUGCUCGCCGUAGAGCAGCGCAGAAUGAACAAGACGAGGCGAACGAUCAAACCAAUGACCAAGCCGCAGCAUCUACUCCAGCCCCGUUUCCAGCCGUGUCCGCUAGCCCUGCGCGGGCUACCCGGUCAAGACGCGCAGAAGGGACGGGUGCGCCGGACGAGGCGGCGCGAAGCAAAGAGCAGAAGGCCAUUGACAAGAUCAAGGCCAGCAAGAAGUUUCAGAAGCGCAAGCGCGGUCUUGGGGACUCGGAGGACGAGGAUGAUCUAGUCGACGCCCUCCUGAAACGCUCCGCUCCGCUCCCGGGCCAGAUGGAGAACUGCGAGGUUUGCGGGACGCGAUUCACCGUUACGCCGUACACUAGAAAUGGACCCAACGGGGGUUUGCUUUGCAACAAGUGCGGCAAAGAACUCGAGAAAGACGACGCAGCUGCGAAGAAGAAGAAGCAGGCAAAGCGAGCCGGCGGCGGAGCGGUCGGUAUGCGACGACAGUUGCAGAGCAACAUCCUUGAUGGGACAUAUACCUUGGGUGCUAAGAGCUUGAUGACUUUAUGCAUCGAGACUCUUGCAAAGAACAUUGACCUGGCCGAAGACUUGGGCGAUCUCCCCCCGUCAAUCAUGGACAUGGUCGCUCGGAAGCUAUCCAAACACCGGCUCCUUGACUCACGGACUCUCAGCCUGCUCUUGAACCCCACGGCGGAGGAGGUCCAUGUGUAUGACGGUGCAAAGCUCUCGUCUGACGACUUCAUCCGCAUCUUCCGUACAGUUCCUGGUCUCAAGAGGCUGAAAGUCCGCAACGGGAUCCACUUCAAGGACGAUGUUCUGGACUAUCUGAUGUCGCGUCACAUCGAACUGGAGGAAUUUUACGUCCAUGGCGCCAACCUCCUGUCAAAUUCCAAGUGGAAAGAAUUCCUUCAGCAAAAGGGCCGUAGCCUGCGUUCCCUGCGCGUUUACUGGACAGACAAGCACUUCGGCGAUGAAGUCCUGUCACUCCUUGAGAGCGCCUGUCCCUCCCUGACCCGGCUCAAGGUCUGCCACAACCAGGAAGUCACCGGAACGGGGGUGGUAACCAUCGGCAACCUCAACUGCCUCCGCCACCUCAGCCUCGAUCUGCGCAAUGAGGUCCAUCCGGACGUCUACGUCGGCGUGCUCAGCAAAAUCGGCCCGAGUCUCGAGACCCUUUCCCUUACCCGCGUCAGAACAGGAGAUAACAGCAUCCUAGAUGCCAUCCACGCCCACUGCCGCUCCCUCGUGAAACUCCGCAUCACCGACAGCGAGGAGAUGACCGACGCGGGCUUCGUCCGCUUGUUCCAGGACUGGGCCAACCCAGGCCUAGUGUUCCUGGACCUGCAGAAGUGCCGGCAACUCGACUCAACCCACCCGCGAGCCAAUGCCGACGGGAUCGGCCUGUGCUCGGACGGCUUCCGCGCGCUGAUGGCGCACUCGGGCAAGACGCUGAAGUUCCUCAAUGUCCAUGGAUGCCGGCACAUCCAGGCGGCUGCGUUCGAGGAGGCGUUUGGACCUGAGAAGGUCUAUGACGCGAUGAGGAAGCUGGAGAUCAGCUUCUGCGAGGAGGUAACUGACUUUGUGGCGGGCAGCAUCUUCCGAAGCUGUCCGAACCUGCGGGAGCUGAAUGUGUUUGGGUGCAUGAAAGUCAAAGAUGUGCGGGUACCGAGAGGCAAAAUCCUUGUUGGCGUCCCGAAUGCCAAGGGAAUGGUUAUCGAGGGUGAUGACGAGGAUAAUGAGUGAGACAUUAACACGGGCGGCAGUGACGGAAUUGAGAGAGGCAUCUUGAUUGAUUCGGUUUGUCUUUUGCAGCAACGACUAGCUUCUGGGUCAUGGUGUUUUUGGUGUUCAAAGUCAAGCACACAUCAUGGGCCCAAGGGGGUUAGAAUCUCGCUGUUGAGCAAGCUGGCUUAUGUUUUGAGACAGGCGGAAAUUUCACAGAACUCGGCCAAAUGGUGCCUAAAAGGUAUCCAUACGGGAUUGAUAGUUUGCCUCGGUCUCUAACCUUGCUCAUAGAAUAUCUCCAUGCGCAGUUCGUGUAGAAAUCGACUUAUGUUACACCACACGUCUAAAGACUGGGAUGGGUAUCGCUGG